CUCACAGGAAGAAAAAUAAGUAAACGGAAGUGAAGUGACCAAGAACAAUUUCCACGUUAGCGUUAUUGUUAUUUAGACGUUUAUUAAAACCCUGGAACUUAAAAUGACUAAUUUAACUGCAUAUCAUCACAUACUUACCGCAUGUAAUGUCUAAUUCGGGUUAAGGAAUUGGUUGAUAGAUGUUAUCUAGGUAAUGCUAGCUAACUGCUAACAAUGGCUAACUGUAUGGUUUUUCACACUCAAAUAGCCUCCAUCAUGGAGGUGCUAGCAAAUGAUGCGGUGGCAGAGAUCUGUAAACUCGUAGACGACGACUAUGCAGUGUUUCGUUUGGAAAUAACUCAAAGCCAGAAAGAAAACAGGGCAUUGCGGAGGAAACUACUGGAACUGAAGGUGGCACGGGAGCGCGCAGAGAGAACAACACGAGAGCGAAUCCUCGCCAGUCGUCCCAGUAGUGUCAAGAUCAUUGACAGAUACAGAGGAAUUGCAAGAGGUGAAGAACAUCUCACUGGAGGCCACAGGAGCUUUGUGAAGCCAGUGGGACACAAUAGAUUGAGAGAUGAUAAACCAAUCACUGUUGAUGAGGGGAGUGGAACCUCAAACCAGCACAUUAUCAUGAUAGAGUCUGCAGAGGUUGCAGGUCUUGGGGUCAAGCAUGAGAGGUCUGAAGGAGAGGUGGACCCACGGCACAGCAGAGACAUCCAGACUGGAGAGACUGGACCACCCCUUGUAGCCACGGAGGACCCCACCACCACCCCAGCGCAGCCUAGGAUCAGAAGCAGCAUCCCGGAGGUCAGUGGAAGGCCAGACGCCGUCCUCAAGUCAGAGACAGACACCAAGACUUUAACUGUAACACAAAGGCAUUUACACACAGAGACACUGGGGCUGGGGAGGCUGGGCUGUCCUCCUGCUCCCAUCUCAGAGUAUUUACUUUACGAUAACCCGAGCCCGAUUCAUUCCCAUCGAGACUCAGGUGACGAGACUGGCAAUGAACCGUCUUGUUCUUACACUACAGAGAUGGACCCUGGCAUGCCCUUGGGUUUAGAGACACAAACUGGUCCAUCUAGAGGUGACUGGAACCGGUACAGUAGUAGUGUAUACUCUGAAGGGUGCCUAGAUAAGAAAGGGGAGGGUCUGAUCGUAGAUGAUGUGAAAGUGGAGGGCGACGUUCCUCCCACAUGGAAUGCACAUAGUCACCUAGGAGACGGACUAUCACAGGGAAGAGAUUUCUUAGACAACAGGGAAAGCUUAAAGACAAAUCUAAAUGUCGCGACCCACUCCCCUUUACAGGCGUUCAGGGAUCGCGACCCAGUGUCCACGUCGAUGGGGCCUUCUGAUUCACACGGCCACGUCCUUUUCGAUCAGGUAUUGAACUCAAAAGACCGGGCUAGAGCCCAGGCUCAGGAAGGGGGAGCCACAUCAGGCAAUAGUAAAGAGAAAAGGUUCCUCUGCAUGUUCUGUAACAAAGGCUUCAGUUGCUCCCAGAAGGUGGAGAUCCACCAGAGGGUCCACACAGGGGAGAAACCCUUCAGCUGUACCCAGUGUCACAUGCGCUUCGCAGAGGCUGGCAACCUGAAGAGGCACCAGAGGGUCCACACAGGGGUGAAACCCUUUAGCUGUACCCAGUGUCACAUGCCCUUCGCCCAGGCUGGCAGCCUGAAGAGACACCAGAGGGUCCACACAGGGGAGAAACCCUUUAGCUGCCCUCAGUGUGAGAAGAGGUUCUCACGCCAGCACCAGCUUAAGAUCCACCUGAAGGUCCACACAGGAGAGAGGCCAUUUACCUGUACGCACUGCGGGAAGAGGUUCUCAGAGAGGAGCUGCCUCAGGAUACACCAGCAGAAAAACCAUUCCACUGUAUAACAUAGGAAGUAAUCAUUCCACCCAAUAUCUGACGUUUAGAUCAAACCCUGAUUUUAAAGACAAACUGGAAUUUUCAUUGUUGUCAACAAAAAAGACCCACAGAGGCAUUAGGAAUCACGAGAGUAACAGAUUUCGGCUUUUAAUAUUCCUGGGUAGAAUAUUGCAUCCAGACAUUGUGUAAAAUACAGUAUACGGCAGUAAAUACAGUGCCUUCAGAAAGUAUUCACACCCCUUGACUUUUUCCACAUUUUUUGUUACAAAGUGGGAUAUAAAAUGGAUUUAAUUGUGCUUUUUUGUCAAUGAUCUACACAAAAUGGAAUUUCUUACAUUUGUUUAAAAAAAGAAAAAUAACACUAACUUUAUUAGAAUAGUAUUCAACUCUCUGAGUCAAUACAUGUUUAGCAUCACCUUUGGCAGCGAUUAUAGCUGUAAGCACUUUCCACACCUGGAUUGUGCAACAUUUGCCCAUUUAUUCUUCUCAAAUUGGUUGUUGAUCAUUGCUAGACAACAAUUUCAGGUCCUUAGCUCCAUUAUGUUAUUUUUUUUAAUCCUGAUCAACUCAGUCCUUAACGAUUACAAGCAGACAUAAGCCUAGGAAGAGUAGUGUGAAUAUUGUAUAUAUUUUUUUAUAAUUUGAUUGUUUCUUUUUGCAUUUUUAUCUUUUAGUUUUGGCUGCUCUAGGGUUAGAUGUCUAUAUCCUGUGGUCUUGACUCUUAGAUUUGCAGGAUCGUGAUGAAGUAUUUUGGCUUGAUAGCUAGCUGGCUGUUUUGAGUCAAAUAAUUUGGCUUUUUGUUUUAUCUGUUUGGAAAUUUUACAACAAGGACUGCGUGCUGUGUCCAGAGGUAACGGAGGAAGUUCAGGGAAAGCUCCUAACCAAGGGGUUGAGUACUUAGUGGCAAGAAAAAGUUUGUAAACCCUUUGGAAAUACCUGGAUUCCUGCAUAAAUUGGUA